AAAUUUUCUCAAAUUAAAUCACAAAAUCCAAAAAAAUCACUUCAAAUUAUCAAGAUUUUUUAGGGGUUUUGUUGAAUUUUUUGGGAGUUUUACUGAAAUUUUUGGAGGUUUUGUUGAAUUUUUGGAGGGGUGUUAUUGAAUUUUUGGAGGGGGUUUUACAUAGCUUGGCGAUGAAGAUGAUGCCACCGCCUCUCCCAACACCACCUGCCACCACUAUCUUCUACACAAGGACAUACAUAUCCAAACAACACAUCACAAAACUGAUUCAUCAAUUGAACAAUUGGAAAAGUGGGUAUGUGCAAUGCUACGUGGCCACAAGACUAAUGAACAUUGAACUUGUUAAUCAGAUCCUUCUCUCAAUCAAAUGUAAACUAUGGAACAAUCUAUACCAGUGGAGCCUUCUGCGAUGAAACUUCAGUCUGUGGUGUUGUGGAGAGGCGGUGGAGCCUUCUGCGAUGAAGCUUCAGAUGCGAUGCGAUGAAGCCUUCUAUGCUGUGGAGCUUCAGUGAGAGAGAGAGAGAGAGAGAGGGCCAGCGAGGGAGAAGUGGCUAGCUAGAUGUAACCCGUGAAAAUGGAUUUAUGAGAAAUAGAGAGGGGAAUAACUAGUCUCUUGGAGCCAGAUUUUAGUGGGAAGCUAUCUGAAAUAGCUAAGGGGAGGGGUUUGCCUAGCUUGUUGGAGAUGCUCUUAGCUAAUGUUAUUUUGCAUAUCUUGUUUUUUUUUUCUAACUUUGAAGAAAGAAUGAAAAGAAAAGGGAAGAAACCAAAUUUGAAAUUGAUCAUAGCCAUAGAAAUGGUUGAUCAUAUUGCACAUCACUGUUUGUUUGAGUUUUCAGAUUUGUCAACUAAGAAGUGCGUACCAUGCAACUCAGAGGAUCUGAGGCCCAUGACUAAAGAAGCAGCAAAUGAGCUAAUACAAAAGAUACCUGAAUGGAAUUUGGUAAAUGAAGAUGGUAUGUUGAAGCUUCAUCGAUCAUGGAAAGUCAAGAGUUUCACUAAAGGAAUGGAGUUCUUUCAGGUUGUAGCUAAUGUUGCAGAAGCAGAAGGUAUCUCAUCGACUUAA